AUGGAAGGUACAGAACUGGGUGGCGACCAGCAAUUCUGUUUGAGAUGGAACAAUUUUCAAGCAAAUAUAACUUCUCAAUUCGAGGCACUGCGCGAUGAUGAGGACUUCGUGGAUGUCACCCUGGCAUGCGAGGGACACAGGCUCGAAGCCCACAAAGUGGUUCUUUCGGCCUGUAGUCCUUAUUUCAAGGAAUUAUUUAAAAACAAUCCAUGUCCUCACCCGAUAAUAUUUAUGCGCGAUUGCGAGGUGUCGCACGUGCGGGCGCUCCUGCAGUUUAUGUACGUGGGCCAGGUGAACAUCGCGCAGGCGCAGCUGAGUGCGUUCCUUCGCACUGCGGACGCGUUACAAAUACGCGGCCUCACUGAUUGCUCACAACACAACGAUAAAAAAGUGAAUCGAAAGUCGCCACCUUCCCAACUACGUAAUUUGCUCAGCGCCAAGCCGUCACAUUCUACCUCCUCCUCCAAAGCCGCAAGCCAAAACGUGGAAUCGACGUCUGCCGAUGACCUAGAAAAGAAUGCGAGUCGCCGUUCCGAGAGAAAUUCUCCCGAUGUUGCCAGAAACAAUCUCAGCGAAGAAGCUUCCUUUCAAACUUCUAGUCAAAUGAGGCCUAAUAAUGACGACUAUAACCAAACUUGUAACUACCCUACUUUGAGGGUGAAAACUGAUCUCGAAGCAACUGAAAUUAACAAUGAUGAGAAUGAUAUUCUUAUGGACCCCGGGGAUGCAGAGGGCGUGGACAAGUGCCAAGAGUUUAGCGCGACCGACCUGCUCGAGCCAAAAAUGGAAGUCAUGGAGCAGGAGGCCAGCGAUGAGGAGCGCUCCAGCUUCCAGCCCAUCUACUACAACGAGAACAACGCGUUAGCGAACCCAUUCGCCACUUUACAAGGUAACAUCGAUCUCAUGGCGGGCAUGAACACUGAGCUGCGCGACGAGAACUCUGAAGGUAAAUAUGAUCUGUCUAAUCACUGUCACGUCAUUCACGUGUCAUGUCAUUCACACGCACAUGCGGACUCGGACAGCCGCGCCCCCGGCGACCACCGAGCACAGGCUAGGCCGUACUUGUGUUAUGUACGCCGAAGUAGAGAGCGCGCGGUGUAUCGGCAUCGGGACCGUAGCUCAGGUGCUAGGCGCGCGGGUGUCGGGGUCUCCGCCUCGCCGCCUCGCCGCCGCCGCCCUCUGCCCGACCACUCCCCCCAACCCCUCCCUCCUCCCCACCCCACCCCGCACUCCACCGCAUCGUCGCCGUCU